AAUGGAUUUGCCGGGAGGGGUGCUGAUGCCCACUUUAGCCAUCUUUUGCCUAUGUGCCAAAGAUGGGAUGUAGUAGACACGAUUCCGAGGUUGAGACUGGAAACAUAUGGCCUGGACCUCUGGCAAAGGGCAAAUUGUGACCGGCAUUUCAUGAUGGUCAGUUGACAAGAGUUGGGGCCGCAGCCUUACAUGGCAUGCGUAUGCGGGAGUCAACAGCACAAUGCUUCAGACCACGAGCAUUGAUCCGAAAGCAGUUACCUCCUUCAUUGGCUCACUCACAUCCAAUGCAGCAUCCCAAAAGUUUCGAUCUUCAGAAGGAAUGGCUGCGAUCCUCUUGGAGUUGCAGGGCGCCAGCUUGCAACUGAACAUUUUCCACUGCAGUGCAGCAAUCAAAGCGUUUCAUUAUGCUGAUGGAUGGUCACACGCACUUGAUUUCGUUUCCAAGAUGAAAACAUGGGCUGUGGCACCUGAUGAUCUGGUCCUUGCCGCAGCAGUGCAUUCCUUUGAGAAAAGUAACGGUUCCAGCACAUCCGACAGAUGGGCAACCGCUAUCACUUUUCUGCAGCAGAAACAAUGGAAAACUGGUGGGGAACCAUGCGGUGAUCGGCAUUGGGCAACUGUGCAGCUUAAUCCGGCCAUAGGUGUUUGUUCCAACUGUGGCGAGUGGCAGGUGGCAGCCAGCAUGUUGCUUUGGGCAUCCUACGUGCGAGCCACCUUGGAUGCCAUCAGCUACAACUCUGCAUCCAAUUCAUUUGCCAGUGGCAUGUGGCUUCGAAGUGUUGCGUUGCUGAGAAUGCGACACGUGCGGUCCGUUCGGUCAGAUGUUAUCACCUUCAAUUCGACAAGCAAUGCGUUGGGUCAAAUGGCUUGGGCCAAAGGUCUGCUGCUGUUGGAACUGAUCAAAAGGAAGGGUCUACAGAUGAAUGAAACAAGCUGUGGGGCAGCUGUAAAGGUUUGUGCCUCAAAGUGGCAGAUAGCCACGAAUCUGAUAGAAGUCGUGAGAAGCGGAUCAUUGAGGAUGAAUGCAGUCCUGGGCCAUUCCAUUGUGGGUGCAUGCGGCAUGUGCAAUCAAUGGGCUUCUUCCUUACAGCAUAUCAGCAGACUUCAGGCAGAUGAUACUUUCGAUUGCAAGGCCUUGGUUGCCAGCAUACAUGCUGUGUUGAAGGCCAGGCGUUGGUCUUUGCCGCUGUCUUUGCUUUGGAUUCACAAUAGGGAUUGCCACCACUUGGGCUGCGUUCCGACUAAUGCAGCGCUAGCUGCCUGUGGGGAGGGGAAUGCAUGGGCAACUGUUCUGAAGUUGGUUCAGACCAUCGCAGAGAGUGCCCUGGUUCCAGAUGAAGUGAGUUGGGGAACAGCUGUGGGCAGCUUUGAACAGGUGGCCAGGUGGCAGCACUCUUUGCACUUCCUGACCCGGACACGCAGCUCCAAAGCCAGAACUUCUGACAUUUGCUGCAAUUCUGCGGCAAGUUCUUGUGAGAAGGCUUGCAAUUGGCAGGGUGCCCUGUCAGUCAUUCAUGGUAUGCGACAGCGUGAAGGCCGCCCCGGGAGCAUUGGUUUCAAUGCUGCCAUCACUGCUUGUCAGAAUGUCCGCGCAUGGCAGUGGUCACUGUUUUUCAUGGUUCAACUUCACCUCCAGCAGAUCGCCACGGAGGUUUCAUGCAGUGAGGCAGCCAUUGCAGCCGCUCAGGCAUCCAGUUGGCCUCUGAGUUUGGUGUUGCUUCAACUGUGGGAUGGUGGUGGCGCUUGGGCCACUUCCAUGGGUUCUGCGAUUGAAGCCAGUGGCCCCAAGCAACGCUUGCAACUGUUGGCGAAGCUUGGGAGUUCCUCUGUUGUCUCCCUGUCGUUGGAAAAAUAGCGAGUGCUUGCGAGUGCUUUGCACAAAGCGCUGAACUCUACCAAUCUUGGUCGGGCAGAUUCUGGUACACUUGGAACUUGCAGAGCUUUUCUGGCCCAGGGUUGCAGAGCAGCACUUCAACUGGCAGCUUGGGGUAUGAGCUCUUGCCACCAGAAAUCCACAAGGAUAUAGAUCAUCAGGUUGUUGGAAGUAGCGCUUCGGUGUGAGAAUCACCAGCUUCAUGAAUCUACUCAUAUUUUUUUCCUCACCCGAAAUCAAUGCUGUUUCAGUGUCGGUUGGACAAUUUGAACAAAACAUGCGCUGCCCAUGAUUCUUUGGGCAACUUUGGCACAGCCCGGACUCGCCCACCGGUUGCUGUUGCCGCUUGACAUAGAUGGUUGCAGUUCGGAAAGUGCAGAUGCAGCUGUCGCAAAGGGAACUGCUGCGCUAACAGCUAGGGACUCAAUCGUUGAAGACACUUUCAGAUUGUAGAAAGGGUCAACAAGACCUGUGACAACUUAAGACGUCACCAUUCAUUGAGCUGGCAUGUCCCAGGCAGGCGAUACACAUCAAGCAGCUUGUUGGACUGGUGAGCGCUGUGCCAUUGGUCAUUGUCGCUUCAAGAAAUGGAACCACUGACUUUCUACCCGGAUCUCAUUGGCCAAUUGCCGACAGACGUUUCUGGAUGGAUGCAGAGACUCGCGCACAUCCAACCUUCCAUGCCGGUUGGAAGCCUUGCUCUGUUUGAUCUCGGCGUUUCCCACUGUGGCUGUGAUGCCAGUCCUACCAUUCUGUACAUAAGCUAUGUGCAUGAGGGGUUUUGAGAUGCAAUGAACUUUCCAGAGCCUCAGUCGCCCACUUGGCACAGCUGGACGCCAGCAAAGAAACGCUUAUUGUCUGGAGUCAAAAGCUGGGUCUGACGGGAAACCACGGACGCAUCAGACAGGAUCUGGAAUUGUAGCAAACUGCCUCGCUCUUAAGAAGAAAAAGUGGAAGGCUCUUGGGAAGAAAA